AUGGCCCGCCAGUCCAGCGUUGAUCUGGACUCGCCCGAUCGCCCCUUCGAUAACAUCAUUAACUUCCGUGACGUCGGUCGGUCGAUCAAUCAGUUCUGCGGCGCCAGGAUUUUGAAGGAAGGUGUUUUGUUUCGCAGCGCUAGGCUCGAUGAUGCCUCCGAACGAGAUAAGCGGCGUCUCGCUGAAGAACUGCACAUUAAAACGGUGAUCGACCUACGAUCUCAGUACGUUCUUUCCUAUCCUUCACUGAUGCUGAGCCCGACUAACCGCCGCCUGGCGAUUAGAACAGAACACCAAAUGGCAACCCGCAAGCGACGCGCAGAGAACGCCAGCUCCUCCGAGGAUGGCCCUACCGAUGUCGACGCCGCCCAAGCCUCCGUACCUCUCGACGCAGACGAACACCUUCUCCAAAUUCCAGAAUCACAGCGUGCUCUAAUCAGCCUGACGGGUAAAGGCUUUGAGCGGGCUUUGUUGUCGAAAUUGGACUGGACGACGUAUUUGUAUGUUCCCCCCCUCCCCCAAAACCACCCCCGCAGUACAGCAUCCACCGAGCUAUUACUGAUGCCAUGGAUUCUUUCAAUUAGGCGGGUGCUUGGUCUGGUGGUCUCAGGCUAUCGCCCCGACGCAGUCCGUAUUAUUGGCGAACAAGUGAUGCAACCCCGCGGGCUCAUAGGUCUGGCGCAAGAUACGCUGGACUCAAGCGCUGCCGAGAUCCGCUCUGUCUUUGACCUCCUCGCACGUGAAGAUUCAUACCCUGCUCUUGUGCAUUGUACCCAGGGCAAAGAUCGGACGGGUUUGGUUAUUCUCAUGACGCUACUGCUCGCGGGCGAGAAGGUGUCGGAGGCUGCGCUUACAGAUGACUACGUUCGAUCGGAGCUCGAGCUUGUCCCUGAAUUCGAGGAGCGCAUGAAGGAAAUUCGGGCGCUUGGUCUUGGUGAAGACUACACUCGCUGCCCGCCCGGUUUCGUGGGAACGACGACCGAAUACCUCGAGAACAAAUAUGGUGGUGUCAGUGGAUAUUUGACUUCGAUCGGCAUUAAUACGCAGAAGCAGGAGUUUAUCCGACAGAUGAUUUUGCCUCAGGAGGCUGCGUGA